AUGGAUUCACAAGAAGAGGUUGAAUGGUGUGACAAAGAGAAGACCAAUGGAAAUGAUGUGCGAUUUUCUUUGGUGGAUUUUGUGAAGGAGGGUCAACAUUUUAUUUCGAAAACGCUUUUGAAGGCAGCAUUCGAAAUAUGUGCAAUGAAACAUAAUUUCGACUAUAAGCUUGUCAAGUCGGAUAAAAAAAUGUGGUACAUUCGUUGCGCAGAUGAUGAUUGCAGCUGGCGUGUUCGUGCAGAGGGGUUACCUGGUUCAUCUUAUUUUAUCAUCAAAAAGUAUGUACCUCAUCAUUCAUGUGCUGCAUCCAAAAGGAAGGGUUCUGUUCGGACAGCUUCAGCAAAAACAAUUGGUACUCUGGUUAUGCAUAUGUAUGAAACUGCUAAAGAAGGGCCGAGAUCUAAUGAUAUAGUCCAGUAUAUGCGUUCAGAACAUGGACUUGAGAUAUCCUAUUCUUUGGCAUGGGAUGCACGUGAGUAUGCAAUCAACAAAGUGAAAGGCCUUCCAGAGGAAGGCUAUGAAAAAAUUCCCAAAUACUUGCACAUGAUGAGGGAAGCUAAUCCAGGGUCACACACGUCUUAUGAAAGGGAUUCUGAAGGGCGAUUCAGAUUCCUCUUCAUCUCCUUUGGUCAGAGUCUUCGCGGUUUCUAUGUUGCAAUUCGGAAAGUUAUUGUUGUGGAUGGGACGUUCUUGAAGAGCAAAUACAAAGGGGUAUUACUGGUUGCUACUGCAUUAGAUGGAAACUCUAAUUUAUAUCCUAUUGCAUUUGAAGUUGUCGACUCAGAGAAUGACCUUGCGUGGAACUGGAAUUCCUCGAUUGCUAAAGCUAUUGCUAACGUGUACCCGCAAGCUCAUCACGGAAUUUGCAUUCACCACUUGCUGAAUAAUGUCGUAACAUAUUUUAGUGGGAAAGGUGUGACUGGUUUGGUUGCAAAGGCUUCUAAAGCUUAUCGAGCUGCUGAUUUUUGUAAGCUGUUCACUGCUAUUUACUCUAUUAGUCCUGAAAUUGGAAAUUAUCUAAUAGAAGCCGAUGUGAGGAAGUGGGCUCGUUGUCAAUUCCCGGGUUACAGGUAUGAUAUCAACACUACUAACCCUGCGGAGUCGAUAAAUUCUGCUUUGCGUACGCCUAGAGAGUUUCCAGUAAUACCUCUAAUGGACAGCAUUAGGGAAAUGAUGACUCGAUGGUUUUUCCAACGUAGAACUUUAAGUUCUAAGCACUCGAAGCCACUGACCAUUGCUGUGGAGAAGAAGAUAGACAGAAGGAUUGAGAAGGGUAAAAAGUUUAAGGUCUUCCCGAUUAGCGAUGACAGGUUUUUGGUUCAAGGUGACACUUUUGACUGCAUGGUUGACUUGGUCAGACGCACGUGUUCUUGUGGGAAGUUUGAUCUGAUGAAAAUCCCAUGCAGGCACGCCAUAAAAGCAGGCUUCAGUGUUGGAAUACAAGCACACACACUCACAGACGACAUAUACACUACUGCGUCAUGGCGCACGGCUUAUGAAGAAAGCAUAAAUCCUAUUGGUGUCCCUGAAGAUGCUUGGACUGUUCCAUCUCAUGUGGAGCAGACGAAAGUCCUUCCUCCAGAGUCUAGACGAGCUGCAGGUAGAAGAAAGAAACGCAGAUACGAGACAGCCGAAGAUAAGAUCCGUUCGUCACAAGGAAAUCAAGGCUCUAAAGGUCGCAAAUGUAGCCGAUGUGGGAUUCGAGGGCACGAUAGGAGAACAUGUGAUCGAGCAAUAUAG